CUGUUUUGCUUCAUAGGUUAUAGUUGUGACCACACAUGAAGGUGUUCCAGAUGAGUUUUACGGAGCCAAAGUCAUUGGAUCAAGAAGCUUUCCUUGCCCUUAUUACCAAAAGGUUCCCCUUUCUCUUGCGCUUAGUCCAAGAAUCAUCUCUGAAAUUGCACGUUUUAAGCCUGACAUAAUACACGCUUCAUCUCCCGGGAUAAUGGUUUUUGGGGCUCUGGCAAUUGCAAAAAUGCUAUCUGUACCUAUAGUAAUGUCUUACCACACACACGUCCCUGUAUACAUCCCAAGAUACACUUUUAGUUGGUUGGUAAAACCAAUGUGGUCUAUAAUAAGAUUCCUUCACAGAGCGGCUGAUCUUACAUUAGUUCCUUCUGCUGCCAUUGGGAAAGAUCUUAUAGCAGCUGGUGCAACUGCAGCUAAUCAACUUCGACUUUGGAAUAAGGGUGUUGAUUCAGAAAGCUUCAAUCCCCGUUUCCGUUCUCAAGAAAUGCGUAUAAGACUGAGCAAUGGCGAACCAGAAAAGCCACUAGUGAUCCAUGUAGGUCGUAUUGGCGUAGAAAAGAGUUUGGAGCUUCUAAAAAGUGUAAUGGACAAAUUACCUGAAGCUCGGAUUGCUUUCAUUGGAGAUGGACCAUACAAAGAGGAUCUUGAGAAGUUGUUUACCGGAAUGCCAGCUGUUUUCACUGGAAUGUUACAAGGCGAUGAACUCUCACAAGCCUACGCAAGCGGAGAUGUGUUUGUGAUGCCAUCAGAGUCAGAGACACUUGGUCUUGUGGUUCUUGAGGCAAUGGCUUCAGGACUUCCUGUUGUUGCGGCCCGUGCCGGUGGAAUCCCUGAUAUAAUCCCUGAAGAUCAGGAGGGAAAAACCGGGUUUCUGUUCAACCCUGGAGAUGUUGAAGACUGCGUGACAAAGCUGAAAAAUCUAUUGCACGACAGUGAAACAAGAGAGAUCAUUGGAAAGGCGGCAAGAGAAGAAACGGAGAAAUAUGAUUGGAGAGCAGCAACGACAAAGAUACGCAAUGAACAGUACAGUGCAGCGAUUUGGUUCUGGAGGAAAAAGAAAGUACAGGUUUUGGGACCAAUCAAUUGGUUGGUUAAACGACUGUUUCCAGUGCCGGAAGUUAACGUGUAGGAUAAGCAAUGAAGAAUUGAUCGAUCGUUUAUUGUUUCUUUUGCUGAAAGUCCUCUGUUUGGUUAAUGAUCUGUUUUUAUCUUACACACUUGAAUUUGCUUAUAUAAGUUGAUGUUGUAAAUUGUAAUAUACAGUAUGUCUUUUUAUGUCUAGUAGAGGGGGUUUAAAACCUGGUUUGGCCUUUA